AUGCCCUCCCUUCGUGGUAUUGAGAUAUCCAUCGUAGCCAGCUCGGAUAUUAAGAGGCUACCCGAAUAUCCUCACCCGGAUGGAUCGUCUGUUCGUCUCACAAGAGUUGGCCCUGGUUGCCACGAUCUAAGAGACAAGGUCCGAAAUGGCUCUCACUUUUCUUCCUCUAAGUAUCCUAAUGCCGAGCCCACCCUGAAGAAAUCUAACCCCCGCGUAUCAGUCUAUAUUCCUUCAAGUCCUGGUUCCCAGUUUCGGCUCAAAUACCUCAUUCAUCAACCAGCACCACCUUCAAGAUUCGUCUUUUUUAAGAUGAUUAUCAAUGGUCAUCCCACUGUCUCCUGGGGUAUUGACACCAUUUAUUGUGCGUCAGGGACCGUGUCGAAAAGCCUCUUUGAGCCCGGCGAUGGCUUGAGAGACAAGAACGGCAACAUCCCUAUAGGCAUAGAGACGCGAUAUUUCCAUUUCGUCCAUGGCCUCGACCAGACUUUGGCUUCUGAAGAUGGUGGCUUGAUCGAGGUCCAAGUCUUUCGCUGUCGGGGACGAAAGCGCAUCGCUGUUGAGUUAGACCCCUAUUCACACCUUUACCAAGAACGUCGUGGAAUCACCUCAUCUAGUGGCGGCUUGGUUGACAACCCUCAAGAUGCUACCUUCUACGAAUACCAUCUGGAAGAUGCAAAAGAUUCGCCUUUCGCGACCUUUUGUUUCUAUUACCGAUCCGUGCAAUAUCUCGUGCAACGAAACCUUAUACCGAAGUACGAAACUGGAUUUCGACCGGCAUCUCUAAGUUCAAAUAACUCAUCAGGCUCUGAUUCUCGAGAGAAUCCCGCUCGUGCGACCUCUCCAUCUGCGCAUCAACUCGCUAUCGGUGUGGAGUUCCUCGAGGAUAACGUGUUCGAAGAUCACAUUAAUCCCGUUAGCAUGGCUAUUUCGGACCUGUCGGAAGUUCCUAAAGUAGAGGAAUACUCCUUGAGAAGCCCCCCGCAACUCGCAGGGGCUCGCCAACCUGCUACUGCCAUUGAAGAUGUGAAUAAGGCAAAGAGGGAUGCCUUUUUAGCUAAGCUGCUACAGAGACCAUUGCCAGAGCUUCCCAAGACAAGUUCUAGGCAGGCUUCCAAGAGUUCACUCCGUUCCAGCUGCCCAUCUCUAACACCGUCUCUAAAACGAUACGUCAAGAGCGAAGAGUUUGAGAACGAGGAAAUAAAGUUGGGUACGGCGCAGUCGAUAUUACUGCCGUCUGCGCCAAUUAAAGCAUUGGAAUUGAGAGAUAUAAAUGCCUAUGAACGGGAGGAUGAGUCCUCUUCGGACUAUGCAGCCUCACUGGACUCUACCGAAGCGUCGCAUUCACCGGCACUGCCCUCCCCGACCGGCUAUGUUCCAACGACUGGCAGCGUGCUUGAACGGCACCUUAACCAAUUCGACUCUCCCAUCGCCCAAUCGUCACCAAAAUCUAAGGCCAGGCUGCCACUCUCCAAGUCGCAGGUGAAUUUGCUUAGCGAUCUUACCAACAUGGCUGAACCGAAGCCUAGCCACCUAGAAAGGACGGCAGCGGAACCGCGAGAUGAGUCCCUACACAUCGUCACGUUGACCAAGGUCGACGAGAUCAAUGAUCAAAUCAGGCUCUUCCGUCUCGAGCUAUCAGCCCCUCUUCGGUUCUUACCGGGUCAAUGGCUUGAUGUCUUCGUGCCCGGCGUGUCCAAGGCAGGCGGGUACACCAUCACCUCGCCCCCGUCUCUAGCGCGGCCCCAUGUCUCCCCGGGGCCAGCACAAACUCAAAGUCCGGGGUACGUAGAGCUCGCGGUACAGAAAUCGGUUGAUCCACCCGCGGCGUGGUUAUGGCAGAACCCGGACGAGAUUACCUAUGCGGAACUAAGGGUCCGCGUCGGCGGUAGCUUCGUGUGGCCGCCCGUGGGUAUCGAUGCGCAUGCUCUAAGACGCGUGGUCUUCGUUGCUGGCGGCGUGGGGAUUAAUCCUCUGAUGAGCAUGCUGUCUAGCAUCGCGGAGACGGGUGCGGAUGCGCCGUUCCAGGUGCAGUUUUUGUACUCGCUGAAGGAUGAUGAUGGGUCGGGAGGUAGACGCGCGGACCGCUUGCAGUUUGUGCAGAGGCUGGCUGGGAUAUUUGCUUCGGGGAGGGUGAAGGGGCGGUUAAGGCUGUUUCUUACGGGUGGGAGUGGGGAUGGAGGAGGGGUUGUGCAUUGUCUGGGCGAGGGGGAGGAGGGAGGAGAGAGUGAUGUCCCGUUUCAAGCGCGGAGGAUGACGGUCGAUGAUAUCGCGGUAGCGGUGGGUGAUGCUGAGGAGAGGAAGGCUGCGGUUGUGUAUGUCUGCAGUGUACCUACUAUGACGGACGAGUUCGUGCUAAAGUUGACUGACAUGGAGGCUGGGUUGGGAAUGGAAUCUCAUCGGGUGUUGUGUGAGAAGUGGUGGUAA